UUAAAGAAAAUUUCAAAACUGUGGGGAUCUUUUAAAGCAUUCAACAUAAUCUUUCAGAUUCUUGAUAUCUUCUUUCCUUUAACAAUCAAGACUCUCUAGAUAACUCAUUCACAAAUCUCCCAAGGAUCCUAAGCGAUUUCAACAAUCAAAUCAUGGAUUCUUCUCCUUCGAUCCCUUCCCGUCCCAAACAGAGAAACUCAGAGACCGGAGAUCUGAUGCGGCGGAGUUUUCGAGCCAGUCCAUUCCCAGGGAAAACCACCCGGGCAGACUCUGGGGACAAAGAGAACAACAAGGAUCAGAUCUCAGAUACGGUCAAAGCUCUUCCAAAGAGUGCCAAGAACUUCAUGUCGCCGACGAUCUCAGCAGCUUCCAAGAUCAAUCCAUCUCCGAGGAAGAAGAUCUUGUCUGACAAAAACGAACUCUUGUCUCGUUCCUUUGACAAAACCGUUCAUCAUCAUCAUCAGCCUCAGGUUCGGUCAUCUGUCACGUUUUCUGAUGUAGUUAGCUUCAUUGGGGAAGAGGAUAAAGAUCAGAUUUUUAUCGGUGAAAAGAAGAAGCUUGAUGAGGAGGAGUCUCAUGAUGACGUCACUGUUACUGAUGUGGAUGAUUAUUCGAGCUUUGACGUUAGCCCUCUCCCUACUUCGGUACCUUACACGUUCCCUGUGUUUGAGUCUCGUGAAGUUGAUCCCUCGGUGACACCUUACGAUCCAAAGAAGAAUUACUUGUCUCCCAGGCCGCAGUUUCUUCAUUACAGGCCCAAUCCGAGAAUCGAGUGCAAGCAGCAGCUCGAUGAGCUUUUUAGCUCCGGAAGCUCUUCUACUGAUGAUACUGAUUCGUCUGCUGAGGAGAGACGACACGAGGAGGAGGAGGAAGUUGUUUCUCAGGAGAGUGUGGGAGAAGAAGAGGCAGUGGAAAGCCAACAAGUGGAGAAGGUUGCUUCUGAAGAAGAGGCGGAGGAAAGGCAACACGUGGAGGAAGUUACUUGUCAGGAAGGUGUAGUAUCAGUAGCAGUAGAAGAAGAAGAGGCUGAAGCAAUCCAAGGCGAGAAUGAUGAGGAGCACUUGGAAGCAGUGGAGAGUGAAGAAGAAGCUGAAGAAACUCAUCAGGUUACAAAACGAUCUCGUUUCAAGACAUCCAAGUUGCUUGGUUGGGUUUUGGUUCUUGGUGUGGCCUACGCGUUGUUGGUUCCUUCGGUGACAGUUACUCUACCAAAAAACAUCAAGGAAGGUUCAGAUUUCUACAGCAAGUUUCAUAUCCCACCAGAGAUUACGAAGUCUGCAAGAGAGAGCUUUGAGCAGUUGAGUGAGAAGCUUGGGAUGUGGGCAGGAUCAUCACUUGUUUACGUUGACAAGCUGAUCUCGAGUCUACUACGAGAAGAAGAAGAAGAGGGGUAUGGUCCGUUUCAGUUUCAUAAUCUGACUGGUGUUUUGGAAGAGACAAGUCUGUCUGAUGCUGUUUUCCAGCCAGCUAGUGGUAAGAUCAGUGCUGCUGGGUCGCUGGUGGAUAGCCAAGACUGGAGCUUAGAAAUGGAUACAAAAAGUCAACAGGAACCUGAAGAACUGGAGAGCAGUGGUGAAAUUGAUCUUGAAGCUGUUUACGAAGAAAGUGCCAAUGGAUUUGAGCAAGAGAGUGAGGGAGGAGGAGAGGCAAACUCAGAAAUGGUUUAUAAGUUUGAUAAGCAGACUGAGAUCACGGUGGCCAUAGCUACAGAGGUGAAUGUGGGUGAUUCUGAAGAAGAAGAAAUUGGUGGCCAAGAAACUGAUGAUGUUGAAGAGCAGAGAGAAUUUGAAGAAAAUGACCAGAAGAACCUGGAGGGAAGUCAUGAAUAUGAGACUAGAUCAGGCCAAAACGAGGAGAAGAUGAUGGAAGACUCUGAAUCCAACGCACACCAUCUAGAUGCUGAGGAGUCUGCAGCAAUAAGUGAGCACCAACAAGAAGAAGGAGGUAUUGGGGAAUCUGCUGAAACUGAACCAGAAGAAGGAGGUACUGAGGAAACUGCUGAAACCGGCUUGGAUACUUCAGCAGAAACUAGUGAUGGAGAAGGUAAUGAUUUAAAAGAAGAGAGUGGGAUUGGUGAAGAAGUUUCUGUUAAAGCACAAGAUUGGAAGGAAGUUUUACUGAGUAACCAGAAGAAAGUGAUGGUCUUGGCUUCUACUGUGAUGGUCAUGCUUGCUGCAGCAGCAGCUGCUGCUUUCUUAUUAGCUAACAAGAAGGCGAAACCUGCGAUGCAUGAAGAGAAUGAACCAACAACAACAGUCCCUGACGCUAAAGAGGUAAACUCUGAGCAUGCGCCAGUAGAGGAUCUGAUCAAAGAAAGGCUUUCUACACUGAACUUCCAGGAGGAAGAAGUUAAUGAUGACAGGAAAAGAGAGGAGGUAUCAUCCUUCCCUUCUGAGAUGAGUUUCAGUUUCCACAAGGACAAGUCAUUACGCAGCUGCAGCAACAGAGAUGAGCUUAAAGAAUAUCAAAGCGGAGGUAGGAAGAGUAAUGACAGUGGUGAAUCAAUGGCUUCCUCGGCAUCAGAAUACUCCAUAGGGGGUGGCUCUGUUUCGUACGGAAGUUUCACAACGUACGAGAAGAUACAAAAGAGGAGUGGACGUAAAGAGGAAGAAGUGAUGGUAACACCAGUGAGGCGUUCAAGCAGGAUCAGGAACCAUCAGCAUUCUGGACAAUGAAUUUUAGAAAUUAGCUUAGAACUUCAUGCAUCAUGAUGUUACUACUACUGAUUUGUAGCAAAGCUUUCUCAUCUCACUGAAGCUUUAGUAGUGUGUUUUAAUUUGUUGUUUUAGCUUUUGGAUGUGAUUCUCUCCUUUAAAGUUUCUUGCUUUUAGUAUUUGUCUGACAUUGUAUUUCAACAGUGUGAUGAGCCUCUUUUGGCCUAGUUUUAAUAAUAUUGUUCCUUUUUUUCC